AUGGAAGAAAUGUUGCAUGAUGCAUUUUUCGUGCAUGAUGAAAUCAAUGAUGAAGAAACAAUUCCAAAUAUCGAGGAAGUAGAAAGACCUUGUAAAGAAGCUGAGAAAUUCUAUAAGCUCAUGAAAGAUGCAGAAAAAGAACUUUAUCCUGGAUGUAAAAAGUUUUCCAAACUUUCUUUCAUUAUUCGAUUACUCCAGAUAAAGUGUCUUGGUAAUUGGAGUGAUAGUUCAUUUACCUUGUUGCUUACUUUAUUAAGAGAAUCGUUUCCAGAGGAUGUUCAAUUGCCUAAUAAUUAUUAUGAAACUCGGAAGAUAAUUAAGGAUUUGGGUUUAAAUUAUGAGAAGAUUGAUGCAUGCAAAAAUGACUGCAUGGUAUACUGGGGCGUGAAUGAAUAUAAGACCAAGUGUGAGACUUGUGAUGAGCCAAGGUGGACCACACCAGAAAGUACUCCGGAUGAGAAUGAUCUUCCAUCGAAAAAAUCUAAUAAAGAUCAGAAGGUGCCUGUAAAAAGAUUCUGGUACUUCCCGUUGAAGCCAAGGUUGCAGAGGUUGUUUAUGAAUUCUAAAACUGCGGUCCUUAUGAAGUGGCAUGAUGAAGAACGAACUAAGGAUGGUAUCAUGAGACACCCAGCCGAUUCUCCAGCAUGGCAAACUUUUGACUACAAUAAUCCCGAAUUUGCUAGAAAUUCUCGCAAUAUAAGAUUGGGCUUGGCAACUGAUGGUUUUAAUCCUUUUAAAACCAUGAAUGUAGCCCAUAGUACAUGGCCAGUAAUAUUAAUGCCAUACAAUCUUCCACCUGCAGAUUGUAUGAAGAAGUCUUACUUUAUGUUAUCUGUACUUAUACCUGGUCCCUCUGAACCCGGCAAUAAUCUUGAUGUAUAUUUGCAACCCUUGAUUGCUGAGCUAAAGGAAUUAUUUGAAGUUGGAGUAACUACAUACGAUGCUUCUUCGAAAACAAAUUUCCAAAUGCGUGCAGCUUUAUUAUGGACUAUUAGUGACUUUCCUGGCCUUGCAUCUAUAUCUGGUUGGAGCACGAAAGGAGAAUUCGCUUGUCCCGUGUGUUAUAAGUUUACUAACUCUAAAUGGUUAGAAAAUUCUCGCAAGUACUGUUACAUGUGUCAUCGUAUUUUCUUACCGGAUGGUCAUCCGUAUCGAAAUGAGAAAGCCACGUUUGAUGGGAAAAAGGAACUUCGAAAGGCACCCCCUUAUUUGAAGGGAUCCACAGUAUUAGAUGAUAUCAAAAAUAUUGAUAACAAGUUUGGAAAGAAUGUGGGCGAUUUAAAUUUACCUUACAGCUGGAAAAAAAAAAGUAUUUUGUUUAAUUUGCCAUACUGGGAAAAAAAUCUUGUACGUCAUAAUCUCGAUGUUAUGCACAUUGAGAAAAAUGUGUGUGAUAAGGUUUUGUAUACAUUAAUCGAUUCCGAUAAGUCAAAGGAUAACUAUAAAGCCCGCAUGGAUUUGAAGAAAAUGGGCAUUAGGAAUGCACUCCAUCCUUAUUUCGAUGAGUUUGGAAAAGAGUGGAUACCGACAUCAUCUUUCACAUUAGAUAAAUCUGAGAAGGAAAGAUUUUGUAAGGUGUUGAAAAAUGUUAAAGUGCCCGAUGGUUAUGCUGCAAAUAUUUCGAGGUGUGUGCACUUGAAACCAACUAGGAUUUUUGGUUUGAAGAGUCAUGAUAGUCACAUAAUGAUGCAACAAUUGUUGCCCCUUUCAUUGCGCAAUCUUUUGCCAAAGUCGGUACGUUCACCUUUGAUUCAUUUGAGUCGUUACUUUAGAGACUUGUGUUCUAAAACACUUCAAGUCGGUGAUUUGACACGAAUGGAAAAAGAGAUUGCUCUCAUACUUUGCCAGCUUGAAAAGAUCUUCCCCCCUGCAUUUUUUGAUGUCAUGGUACAUCUGACUGUGCAUUUGGUUACUGAGGCAAAAUUAGCUGGUCCGGUACAUUAUCGUUGGAUGUAUCCUGUUGAACGGUACUUGAGUACAUUGAAAUCUUAUGUACGCAACCGAUGUCGGCCAGAAGGAUCAAUUGCUGAAGGGUAUUUGGCUGAAGAAUGUUUAGCAUUUUGUUCAUUAUAUUUCGAUGAAAAUGUUGAAACAAGACGCAAUCGGACGAGUCGAAAUAGUUGUGGAGGUGAAGACAGCACAAAAGGUUUAGAUAUUUUUUUUAUGUCUGGUACUCCGUUAUGGAAGGGGAAGAUUGAAGAAUUGAAAUUAAGUGAAGACGAUCCUAAACAAAGUGAUGUAAUACGUCUUGCAAGGGGGCCUAUUCCUGUUGGAACUAGAUAUAGAGGUUUUAAAGUGAAUGGGUUUCGAUUUCAUACUAGAGAACUAGAGAGGAAAAGAAAAACCCAAAAUAGCGGUGUGAUGGUUAAUGCAACAACUACAAGUUUCGCAAGCAAAAAAGAUAUGAGACCUAUCGUACAAGAGAUGAUGUAUUAUGGGAUCUUGAAAAAUAUUAUUGAGUUCGAUUACACCGGUGGAAAGAAGAUUGUAUUAUUUGAUUGUGAUUGGGUAUCCAAAGGCAGAAGGCAAAAAGAGGAUGAUGAUGGAUUCACUUUAGUUAAUUUUACAAAAAUAAGGCGUCAAAGUGAACCUUUUGUUCUUGCAUCACAAGUUCAACAAGUGUUUUAUGUUGCUGAUCCCAUUGAAAAAGAUUGGCAUGUAGUGAUAAAGACAAAGGCGAGAGAGAAGUUCGAUGACGGGAGAGACGUAGCUAUUGAUGGCGUUGAUACUAUUUUGCAAAGUAAACCAUGCAAAGAUCGUCCUAUCAUUGAAGACGAACUAGUUUCUUGGGUUCGAGAGGGGGUUCCUGAAAUUCCAGUGGAUAGUUUAGAUGAUGCAUGA